ACAAAAUAAGCACCAAAGUUACAUUUUAUAGUUCUAUUUUGUCAAAUUAAAUUUGUGGCCUACAGAUAUUCGGCAUAUGCAUUUUCGAAUCCACACUAACUGUGUAAAUGGUUUAGUCCUAGGUCUAGGAUGGCCGCUGCUGUGGGUGUAAACAAGCAGGGGACCGCAGCAACGAUGGAUGUCUGUGUUCGGCACGUCAGGGGGGCCACAAGCAGCACCGUGAAGGUGUUGGAGUGUGGGGUGUGUGAAGAUGUCUUCUCUCUCCAAGGGGACAAGGUCCCCCGGCUGCUGCUCUGUGGUCACACAGUCUGUCAUGACUGUCUGACCCGGCUACCCCUGCAUGGUAGAGCCAUCCGCUGCCCUUUCGACAGACAGGUCACAGAGCUGGGGGACUCUGGUGUGUGGGGUCUGAAGAAGAACUUUGCCCUGCUGGAGCUUCUGGAGAGGCUGCAGAAUGGAGCGUCCAGCCAGUUGAGCAUGGCAGAAGAUGCCCUAACAGGCAUGGGAGAGUCAAUAAUCCGCUGUGACGAGGACGAGAGCCACACGGCGUCUAUGUACUGCACGGUGUGUGCCACCCACCUGUGUGCCGACUGCUCCCAGCUCACCCACUCCACCCGCACCCUGGCCAAGCACCGGCAGGUACCCCUGGCAGACAAGCCCCACGAGAAGACACUAUGCCCGCAGCACCAGGUCCACGCCAUCGAGUUCGUCUGUCAGGAGGAGCUCUGCCAGCCUGGGCCGCUCAUGUGCUGCGUGUGCAAAGAGUACGGCAAGCACCAGGGACACAAGCAUGCGGUUCUGGAGGCAGAAGCCAAUCAGAUCCGUGCGUCUAUCCUGGACAUGGCCCACUGUAUCCGGACGUUCACAGAGGAGGUGUCGGAGUAUUCCAGGAAGCUGGUUGGGAUCGUACAGCAGAUUGAGGGAGGAGAACGGAUAGUGGAGGAUGGCAUCGGCAUGGCACACACCGAGCAUGUCCCAGGCACGGCAGAGAGCGCGCGGUCCUGCGUACGGGCCUACUUCGCCGACCUCCACGAGACGCUGUGCAGACAGGAGGAGAUGGCGCUCAGUGUAGUGGACGCACAUGUCAGGGAAAGGCUCAUUUGGCUCCGGCAACAGCAGGAAGACAUGACCAUCCUACUGUCCCAGGUCUCCACAGCCUGCCUGCACUGCGAGAAGACACUGCAGCAGGAUGACUGCAGAGUGGUCCUGGCCAAGCAGGAGAUCAACAGACUGUUGGAGACUCUGCAGAAACAGCAGCAGCAGUUCACUGAGCUGGCCGACCACAUCCAGCUAGACGCCGGUAUCCCCGUCACCUUCACCAAGACUACAUUGUUUUCUCUGUUCCAGGACAACCGGGUCCACAUCGGCCCUAAGAUGGAGAUCCGGGUGGUGACCCUGGGACUGGAUAGUGCAGGGAAAACCACCAUCCUCUUCAAGCUGAAACAGGACGAGUUUAUGCAGCCCAUCCCUACCAUAGGUUUUAAUGUGGAGACAGUGGAGUAUAAGAAUCUCAAGUUCACCAUCUGGGACGUUGGUGGGAAACAUAAGCUACGGCCUCUAUGGAAGCACUAUUACCUGAACACACAAGCGGUGGUGUUUGUGAUUGACAGCUGUCACAGGGAUAGGCUGAUGGAGGCCCACAGUGAACUGGCCAAACUUCUGACAGAGAAGGAGCUGAGAGACGCCCUGCUGCUCAUCUUCGCCAACAAACAGGAUGUCCCUGGGGCUGUGUCGGUGGAGGAGAUGACGGAGCUGCUGAGUCUCCAUAAGCUGUGCUGUGGGAGGAGCUGGCACAUCCAGGGAUGUGACGCCCGCAGUGGCAUGGGGCUCCACGAGGGCCUGGACUGGCUGUCCCGACAGCUGGUGGCUGCAGGUGUACUGGACGUGGCCUAGACCUCCCCUUGCUGCAGGUGUACUGGACGUGGCCUAGACCUCCCCUUGCUGCAGGUGUACUGGACGUGGCCUAGACCUCCCCUUGCUGCAGGUGUACUGGACGUGGCCUAGACCUCCCCUUGCUGCAGGGGUACUGGACGUGGCCUAGACCUCCCCUUGCUGCAGGUGUACUGGACGUGGCCUAGACCUCCCCUUGCUGCAGGUGUACUGGACGUGGCCUAGACCUCCCCUUGCUGCAGGUGUACUGGACGUGGCCUAGACCUCCCCUUGCUGCAGGUGUACUGGACGUGGCCUAGACCUCCCCUGAUGACUGACUUCUGUUACCAAGUAAAACCCCUUACCAUAGAUCCCAGAACGAUCUUCUUAAACCAUCCACACCCUAAAGACAUGUCCACCAUAGACCUGCACCAGUCACAUCUACCUAAACCUUUUACCUGAUGAUUGGCUUAUGGUAGACCCAGUCCAACCCAUACCCUAAAGACCAGUCCUACCAAAGUCUCAUCCCAUACCUUUCAGUUCUACCCUACAUCCCAUACCUUUCACCCCAUACUAAGGCCCUAGCCCUACAUUUCACCCCAUACCAAGGCCCUAGCCCUACAUUUCACCCCAUACCAAGGCCCUAGCCCUACAUCCCAUACCUUUCACCCCAUACUAAGGCCCUAGCCCUACAUUUCACCCCAUACUAAGGCCCUAGUCUUUCACCCCAUACCAAGGCCCUAGUCUAAGGCCUUAGCCCUACAUCCUAUAGCCGUUCUACCCUUCUCACCCCUAACCUGCAGAUAAGCUUCUUACCCACAGCCAGUGAAUCCAUCAUUAGUCGUAAUGCUUUGUACUCUGGUCUAUCCUGGGUAUGCUAACAGGGCCAGGUUAUAGGGAUUCCCUCAAGCUUACUAAACUAACCUGCUUAUAAGACUACACAUUCCCAUAUUGCCUCAAUGCAGAUCAGAUGAGAUUCAGUUCAUGGCGAAACUCCAUGUUGUAGAUUUUCUUCAUUGGUACCAAUGCACUUGACUUGUGAUGAUUUCAUGUAGUAAUGCAGCAUCAGGUCUUGAAAUGACACCGGUAGUGGGCUGAGUUCAGCUAUUAUUGACAUUGGUUAAAUAGUGCAGUUGAGUGAAAAAGCUAUUUAUGUUGGGUGGGUGGGUAGGGGAUAUUGUAGUAGCUGUGGUGGGAAAUAUCUAAAGUGUUAUAUGAAAUCUUUCUCCCACCUGUUUUGUGGAGUGUCUUGCAUGCACUUUUCUGCAGCUUCAGUACAUCUGGGUUGUGCUCAUGAGGAUGCAACGAUUGACUCAUGUUGCAGAUGUAUAGACUAGACAUGAUUCCUUCAUCUAAUUGACAGAGGAUGAUCUACACACUAUAUUUCUGAAACUUCCAGAAUGUUGUGCCCUACAGUGUGCUACUGGCUUCUUUUGAAACCAGGACCCCUGGUUUGAAUUUUUUCAUCACAACCUGUGAUGGUCUUCUGUUUUAUCCCAUCUGUCUGGAGUGCUGAUUGUUACAUUCUACAUUAAUGUUACCCACAUGUAGAUGUGAAACUUAGUCGAAACAUUAACCAAACACCUUUCAACUCCUGUUAUUGUAUGGAGGAACCAUCCUUUGGUUUGAAUUCACUUUCCUCAUUGCUAUGUAAUGUUACAAAUUCUAUGUAGAAAUAAAAUGCAUGUGUGAAGA